UCUCGAGCAUCCAUUUCAUGGCUGGGCGGCUUAAAUCUUAGGGUUUAUGGGCAAGAACAGGUUCUACGCUGUGCGCCAAGGCCGCCAGCCGGGAAUCUACACAUCGUGGAUGGAAUGCCGGAAACAGGUCGAUGGAUUCGCCAUGGCCGAGUACAAGAGCUUCUCUUUGAAAAGCGAGGCCAAGCUUUAUCUUUCAUCUCUCCAGCCCCAGCAAAACUCUAAGAACAAGCUUGUUCAUCUUCUCCAGUAUGAUGGUGCUUCUAAAGGCAAUCCUGGAAAAGCUGGUGCUGGAGCAUUGCUACGUGAUCCGGACGGCUCAGUGCUCCAGGAGCUGAGAAUUGGCCUUGGCACCGCGACGAACAACUUUGCGGAGUAUCAGGGACUCAUUUUGGGAUUGAAAGGAGCGUUGGCGCAAAACGUUACUCGUAUUCGUGUCCAAGGGGACUCCAAUCUCGUUUGCAAGCAGGUAGCUGGCAUAUGGAAAGUAAACAAGGACACUCUCAAGCCAUUACACGCAGAAGCGCAAUCGCUGUCGAAGAAGUUUACUGAGUUCACUAUAGAGCACGUCGUACGGGAACUCAAUAGUGCUGCAGACGAUCUUGCGAAUAAGGCCAUCGAUCUUAAACCGCAAGAGGUUGUGAAAGAUGUAAAAUGUAUAAAGCUACAGAUCUCCGAGCCAUCUCAUCAGAUCACCACUAAGAAAAACAAGAAAGAAGUUACUGAAGAGUCUGUCUAUGUGCUUGCGUACGAUGGAGCUUCUAAAGGAAAUCCUGGGAAAGCUGGUGCUGGAGCGCUGCUGCGCAAUCCGAAGGGCUCAGUCAUUGAAAAACUGUACAUGGGACUAGGCACAGCGACAAACAAUGUUGCAGAGUAUGAGGCUCUCAUACUCGGACUACAGGCAGCACUCGACCGGAACGUGACUAGCAUUCAAGUAUUUGGGGAUUCCAACCUCGUUUGCAAGCAGGUAGCAGGAGAAUGGGCUGUGAGACAUGAAGGCUUGAGAGCAUUGCACGCGCAAGUACAGGCUCUUUCGAUGCAGUUCACCACGUUCAGUAUUCAUCACGUUGACAGGGAAAUGAACACUGAAGCGGACGCACUUGCAAACAAAGGAAUCACUUUGCCAUGCAGGACAAUCGUAACGAGACCAACAAGAAAAUCACCUCCUCACCAGCAACAUCAAGUGGCAGAGUCUUCAACUGAAAUGAGCGCAUUAACUCCUGACACUACAAGUACCGUAGAGGUUGGCAGUGCUGUUGCAAGGAAACUAUCCACAAGAAGGAAGACAACGCAAGGGGAGAAUGCGGAGCCUGUUGGACCUGACGCCUCAGAUAAAGCUGGUGCAAAUGCGAAGAGCCAAUCGAAAAGAAACUCUGCAAAAAACAUCAACAACAAAACCAACGCACAAAACUCCGAGACAAUUCAGAGGAAAGUAAUGGUUGCAACGAGGACGGAAGUUUUAACACAGCAAACAUGCGCUACGAAAAACGUAAUUGACGCUGCUGUUGGGAGGUACGUCACAGUGGACGCAGCGUCAAGAGGCAACUCCCUUAUCCGCGGUAAUCAAGUCCCAAGCAAACCAUUGACUACUAAGGUUUCUUACAAGUCAUACCACAGCUGCUCGACAAUUUUCUCCAGAUUUCCUACGAGGCCCGCGGCCUGCAUUUCUGUUUUCAGGAGCCUCUCUACAAUUGCAGCUGUCGCACUAGUGAGGCGCUUUUGACCUCAUCCGCUUGAAGGUUUGUGCUUAUGCUGUUGUGGAACUGUUUUGAUUCCCGUCGAUCGUGGCCAGACGGCAGCUCUCGGUUUUGUAUGCAUGGCUUGCAGCUCCAGCUUUGUCGUAAGUCGGCUUUGUUUUCGUCACUGUUGGUCUAAUCCAAUCAUGCAGGCCAGUCGUAAGCGUCCAAUUGUUUCCUGUGACCAAGACGAGACCCGAGACCAGCCGCGACAAAAACAUCCGGCAUGCCGCACCACAGGUACGGUUUUGAGGAAAAAGGAAGAAAAAGGGUAACGAGGUCGUGUCGUUGUGGACCCUCUUCAGAUCCAUGAAAUGGACUUGCGAGCUGGACCCUGUUGUGCGUUUCUUUCAAGCAGUUAUUUCGUUGAGUUUUACAGUGCAAGACUUACAGGGACCAGAUGGUGAAACAUCUAAUCACUUGUCUACCUUGAAACCGAAACAUUACGAUUGCUCGGCCACUCAACCAUGCCGCUCGAUGGAUGAGAGCCUGGAACUCCAUUCGAACUUCGUGUUAUGACAUACGAGACAAUGAGCGAAACUUGGAAGAAAAACGAAAACUUAUAUAGUAUUAUCAAAAGACAUUAUCAAAAGACAAGGACGCGAAAAAACGCGAAAUGCCCGAGCAAGGCAUCCGAAAGAGGAAGAGCACGGCAAAGAGGACCACCAAAACCAAAAAGAAAAAGAAAAAG